AUGUCCAGGUCAGCUUCGAUGUACAAUAGCCCUUACACCUACAAGCCACCACCUCCGAGAAUCGAUUACCCAUCAUUUUGUUAUGGAUGUCGAGACAUUACCUGUCGGUAUGUCCUAGACUCAAAACUGCUGGCAUUGAGUGUUUUGCUGCUGCUGGGAGCAAUCAUUGUUGUGGUGAUCUCCAAUAUUCUGCCAUUCUGGUUCACACUGGCAUUCAAUGGCAUAGAUGGCACUUUCGGUACCAACCCUCUACAGGAGCAUUUUUCUAUUGAGAGUGGGCUGUUCUUCUUGAAGGCAUCGGAGUUUGACAACCUGCUUUUUACAGACACUUUCACUGGCAGAGAUGCUGUUCCGAAACUUCUUCAGGCAGCACAGUUUUUCGCAGUUUUCGGAUCGUGCAUUCUGGUUCCAUGUUUUCCUGCUGGACUAAUUCUGAUGUUUCGACAAUUGUCAUCUCCGACAGCUCUCAUCAUACUGGCUGGAGCAGUCAGCCUUUCAGCCGCUUCUGAAAUUCUGGUGGUAGUGUUGAGUGGUUGUGUCUUUGGAGCAAGCAGCUGUGAUCCAUAUGCUGGUGAUGGCUGCAACUACCGAGACAACCUAGCUUGGCGCAUGCUGCCUAUCUACUCCCAGAUGUACAGAGUGGAGCCCCAUACUACUCCUUAUGUGACACCAUCUUGGGGCUGGUAUAUUGCCAUUAUUGGAGCUGCUCUAACUCUGGUUGCUGCUGUAUUUUUCUGGAUUGAAACUUUCAAAACUGUGAACACUCUGGGGACUAUUCGAUAUCAGCAGCUGCGACAAGCAAGAGACCCAUUUGAAAAUGACAUAGAUCCUUAUGUUGGCAAGAAGUUUACCUACCAGGCACCAUUACGUCAGGGUCCGAACACAUAUGGUAUGCAGCCAGUUGUAUCUGGUGCCCCAUAUGGUGGUGUAGUGCUGUCUUCAGAUUCACGCGGAGGAUAUGUCCCACCAGUUUCUUUCUCUUCAUACGAAGAACCGCCCAGAUAUAAUGAAAAGCAUGGUCCUCCAUCAACAGUCAGCGGUUCAAGUGGUCCAAUUGUAUCGAGAGAAAUCGAUCUCUAG